GAAAAAAAACCGAGAAGAAGAAAAUGUAAGAAAAGAAGAAGAAAGUGAACCAAAAUAUAAAAAUCAAAAUCAAAACGAGGAAGAAGAGUUUGAAGGAUUCCAGAGUAGAGAUCUCCGUUUUACUUUUCCAAACAAUCGGCCAUUGCUGAAACUAUAAUUCAAGUCUCUAAAGUCACCAGAACGAAAUCUUCUUAUACAGUGCAAGUUUUUGUCUAUUCUUUUUUAUUACUCGGAAUUUUUUCAAGAAACGACUAAGAAUUAUGGUUGUUGAUGAGUGAAGAAAUUUCUAACUCCGUGUCGUUAAAGUGCGUUCACUGAACGCACAUUACUCAAAUCUACACGGAUUAUGAAUUUUCACCAGAUUUGAUUUCAACGGAAUCUGAAACCGCGCGAUUCCGAUCUCAACAACUUCUGGAAACAAUUUUCUUCACAAUCGCUUAUUUUAGCUACAAAAAUAGAAGGAAAUGCUGAGAUUAAAAGCGUUUCGUCCUUCCACUGAUAAAGUCGUUAAGAUCCAAUUGCAUCCGACGCAUCCAUGGAUGGUUACUGCUGAUGAUUCAGAUCGAGUUUCUGUUUGGAACUGGGAACACCGUCAGGUGAUAUAUGAGUUGAAAGCUGGUGGAGUCGAUGAACGGCGUUUAGUUGGUGCAAAAUUGGAGAAGCUAGCUGAGGGAGAAACAGAAUCUAGAGGAAAACCAACAGAAGCCAUUCGUGGAGGAAGUGUGAAGCAGGUGAAUUUUUAUGAUGACGACGUACGCUUUUGGCAAAAUUGGCAUAAUCGCUCUGCAGCGGCAGAGGCUCCAACAGCUGUCCAUACUUCAUCUUUUAGUUCUCCCGCCCCAUCAACAAAAGGGAGGCAUUUUCUUGUCAUAUGUUGUUUAAACAAAGCUAUAUUUUUGGACUUGGUGACAAUGCGUGGCCGUGAUGUACCAAAGCAAGAGCUCGAUAACAAGUCCCUACACUGCAUGGAGUUCCUUUAUAGAUCUGGUGUUGGUGACGGUCCUCUUGUGGCUUUUGGUGCAUCUGAUGGAGUCAUUAGAGUUCUCUCAAUGAUUACAUGGAAGCUUGCGAGAAGAUACACUGGAGGUCAUAAAGGAACAAUCUCUUGCUUGAGGUCCUUCAUGGCAGCUUCAGGCGAGGCUCUUCUGGUUUCGGGUGCUAGUGAUGGAUUGCUCAUAAUUUGGAGUGCCGAUCAUGGACAAGAUUCACGUGAACUUGUACCGAAGCUGAGUUUAAAAGCACAUGAUGGCGGUGUUGUGGCAGUUGAACUGUCUAGAGUGAUGGGAGGAGCUCCUCAGCUAAUUACAAUUGGUGCGGAUAAGACAUUAGCUAUAUGGGACACGGUCUCCUUUAAGGAGCUGCGGCGUAUAAAACCAGUUCCAAAAUUGGCUUGCCACAGUGUGGCUUCUUGGUGCCAUCCUCGAGCUCCAAACCUUGAUAUUCUAACCUGUGUCAAAGAUUCUCACAUAUGGGCAAUCGAACAUCCCACAUAUUCUGCUCUCACUAGGCCAUUGUGUGAAUUGACAACAGUUAUUCCUCCACAUGCUCUUGCUCCUAAUAAGAAACUGAGGGUGUAUUGUAUGGUUGCACAUACUUUGCAGCCACAUCUUGUUGCUAUUGGAACCAAUAUUGGUGUUGUUAUCUGCGAGUUUGAUGCUAGAUCUCUUCCACCUGUUGCUCCCCUACCUACCCCAUCAGAUAGUAGAGAGCAUUCUGCUGUAUUUGUAAUUGAAAGGGAGCUAAAGCUAUUAAAUUUUCAAUUAAACAACUCUGUAAAUCCAUCCCUUGGUAGCUCCUUGGCAGAAACAGGCAGAGCUCAGGGAGAUUCUUUUGAACCAUUACCUGUCAAGCAGGGGAAGAAGCACAUUAGUACACCUGUUCCUCAUGAUUCAUACUCGGUUCUUUCUGUGAGCAGUUCAGGAAAGUAUUUAGCAAUUGUUUGGCCAGAUAUUCCUUAUUUCUCUGUCUACAAGGUCAGCGAUUGGUCAAUUGUUGACUCUGGCAGUGCAAGGCUUCUCGCUUGGGAUACUUGUCGUGACAGAUUUGCUAUACUGGAAUCAUCAUUACCUCCUCGAAUUCCUAUAAUUCCCAAAGGUAGUUCAUCAAAAAGAGCAAAAGAAGCUGCUGCAGCGCAAGCAGCAGCAGCCGCAGCUGCUGCUGGUUCCUCAGCUUCUGUUCAAGUCCGAAUCUUGUUAGAUGACGGUACAUCAAAUAUACUAAUGAGGUCUGUUGGUGCUCGCAGUGAACCAGUCAUUGGUUUGCAUGGAGGGGCACUGCUUGGAGUUGCCUAUCGAACAUCUAGGAGAAUCAGUCCUAUUGCUGCUACAGCUAUUUCGACAAUCCAGUCUAUGCCAUUAUCCGGUUAUGGAAGCAGCGGCCUUUCUUCUUUUACCACUUAUGAUGAUGGAUUUUCUUCACAUAGAUCUCCAGCUGAGGCAGCACCUCAAAACUUCCAGCUAUACAGUUGGGAGACAUUUCAACCUGUGGGUGCUCUACUUCCUCAGCCAGAAUGGACUGCUUGGGACCAAACCAUCGAGUAUUGUGCAUUUGCAUACCAACAAUACAUAGUCAUAUCUUCUUUGCGCCCACAAUAUAGAUACUUGGGAGAUGUUUCAAUUCCAUAUGCUACUAGUGCUGUUUGGCACCGGAGGCAACUGUUUGUGGCAACACCAACUACUAUAGAAGUUGUUUUUGUGGACGCUGGGGUUACACAAAUUGACAUCGAAACUAAAAAAAUGAAAGAAGAGCAGAAAUUGAGAGAAGCACAGUCAAGAGCAGUAGCAGAGCAUGGAGAGUUAGCACUAAUUACAGUUGAAGGCCCCCAAUCUACUACCGAAGAAAGAAUAUCACUGAGACCACCAAUGCUGCAGGUGGUUCGAUUAGCUUCAUUUCAGCAUGCUCCUUCGGUGCCGCCUUUCCUAUCGUUGCCAAAACAAACUAGAGUUGAUGGUGACGAAGCAGAUGAGAGAAGGGCAAGUGAAGUAGCAGUGGGUGGAGGGGGUGUGUCUGUGGCAGUUACUCGUUUUCCAACGGAGCAGAAACGUCCAGUUGGGCCUCUUGUUGUGGUGGGUGUCAAGGAUGGAGUUCUAUGGCUAAUUGACAGGUACAUGCGAGCUCACGCCUUAUCCUUGAGUCAUCCUGGUAUUCGUUGCCGAUGUCUUGCUGCUUAUGGCGAUGCUGUUAGUGCAGUAAAAUGGGCAAGUAGGCUUGGAAGAGAACACCAUGAUGAUUUAGCACAAUUUAUGCUAGGAAUGGGCUAUGCUACUGAAGCACUUCAUUUGCCUGGAAUAUCAAAGAGGUUGGAGUUUGAUUUGGCAAUGAAGAGCAAUGAUUUGAAGAGAGCUCUUCAUUGUCUUCUUACCAUGAGUAACAGCCGGAAUAUUGGACACGAUGGUACUGGACUUGGGUUGAAUGACAUUCUUAAUUUAACAGAUAAAAAACAAGAUGUAGUUGAAGGUGUUCAGGGCAUAGUGAAAUUCGCAAAAGAGUUCUUGGAUCUUAUUGACGCUGCAGAUGCUACAGCACAGGGUGAAAUUGCCCGUGAAGCUCUGAAGCGAUUAGCCGCAGCUGGAUCCGUGAAAGGUGCAUUACAAGGUCAUGAGUUGAGGGGAUUAGCAUUGCGCCUUGCAAAUCAUGGAGAGUUGACUCGGCUAAGUGGUCUGAUAAACAACCUAAUCACGCUUGGCUUGGGACGGGAAGCUGCAUUUUCUGCUGCUGUUUUGGGCGACAAUGCUCUAAUGGAGAAAGCAUGGCAGGAUACUGGAAUGCUGGCUGAAGCUGUGCUUCAUGCUCAUGCACAUGGACGUCCAACUCUGAAGAAUUUGGUUCAGACCUGGAACCAAAUGCUACAGAGAGAGGUUGAGCCUACUCCAUCACAAAAGACAGAUGCUACAGCUGCAUUUCUAGCUUCUCUUGAGGAGCCUAAGCUUACGAGUUUGGCAGAAGCAGGGAAGAAACCACCGAUUGAAAUCCUACCUCCGGGAAUGAUGUCGCUUAAUGCCCCUAUCUCCAUUCAGAAAAAACCAGCUUCUGCUGCUCAGAAUUCCCAACCACAACCGGGAAAGCCAUUGGCAUUGGAAGCACCUCCUACAACCACAGCAGCGCCAGACAGUUCUACACAACAGCCUGAAUCUACACCUGCAUCUGCACCGGCACCAGUUAGUGAUCCACCUCCAUCAGAUGGCACACCAACUCCUGAGGCCGCUCCACCUGAAUCAAAUUCGGGUGAAACCCCUGUAGAUAAUGGGGCUCCUACCCCAGCCUCAGCGAGUGCCGAAAAUCCAAAUGUUAAUGGGGAAACUGUUCAGGAAGAACCUAAAAGUGAUCCAACGCCUCCCGAGGCCCCAUCACCAGUAGCAGAGGUUUCAGAGACUAACACUCCAAAUCCGACAAUAGUACCUGCAAGUGGCGACCCUUUCAUAUAAUUGGUGUACCUCCCGCACUGUUGAAGUAAAUGAAUUUAUUUACAAUUCAAGAUUUAUUUACAUUUGUAAAGAAAUCAUUUUAGAUAUAAAGGAAAUCUAUAGUAUAUUAGUUUGUAACAAGUGUAAAACUCUGGUGGUACAAUUGUACCUUGCAGAUGUGUUUCCUUUUUUUCCUCUCAAUUUUCCGAGCUGAAAUGUUCUCUCAUAUUGUUGUCUGAGUGCUGUUUUUUUUACUUCUUACUUUGAUUUUUA